AUGAAAUUGUUUAUAAUAAGUUUGACGUUAUUUAUAUAUUUUGUUAAUUUUAUCAACUCUGCUUCAGACAAGCCAUGUUUAGCUCGGCGCAUCAGUGGACGCUCGGUGAUAUGCGUAUGCAAUUGUACUUAUUGCGAUGACAUCACAAGAGAGAUGCCGGCAAAUGGGAGCUACGUAACUUAUACAACUUCUGAGGCUGGAACUCGGUUUCAGAAGAUUAUAGGGACAUUUCAAACUUUGGAUCAUUCGUUAGGAAUUUGCAGAACCAGUUUUGUUAUAAACCCAAUGAAAACAUAUCAAGCAGUUGAAGGGUUUGGAGGCGCCGUUACUGAUGCAGCAGCUAUCAACUGGAAGAGUUUGCCAGAAGUGAUGCAGAAAUACUUAAUCGACUCAUACUUCAGUUUCAAGGGUCUAGAGUACAAUAUGCUACGAGUGCCAGUUGGUGGUUGUGACUUCUCUACCUAUCCUUAUGCCUACAACGAACAGCCCGAAAAUGACCCGAAGCUCUCAAACUACUCACUAACCUACGAAGACUAUAAUUACAAAAUACCAAUGAUCAAAGAAAUUAGCAAGGUUGCAACGUCCCCGGUGCAUAUAGUGGCUUCGACGUGGUCACCGCCUAUUUGGAUGAAGACGAAUCACAAUUUCUCAGGGAUCAACCAGCUUAAACAGGAAUACUUCGAAACAUAUGCUUUGUACCAUUACAAAUUUUUAGAAAAGUACGCAGCACAAGGUAUAAACAUUUGGGCAAUCACUACCACUAACGAACCAAUUAAUGGUCUCUUUGGAUAUGUUAAGUUUAACAGUCUCGGUUGGUCCGUAGAAAAAAUGGGCGAAUGGAUUGUAAAUAAUUUGGGCCCAAUGAUACGGAAUUCCGUUUUCAAGAACAUAAAAAUUUUGACCUGUGACGAUCAGCGCUUUACUAUACCAUUAUAUUUUAGUGAACUAAUAAGUAAGUAUCCUAAAGCACUAGACUACAUAGACGGUAUUGGAGUGCAUUUCUACGCUGACAAAAUAAUACCUCCUGUCGUUUUGUACGCAGUAUCGAAGACCUAUCCAGAUAAAAUUAUAUUGGCAACGGAAGCUUGUCAAGGUUCUGCUCCAUGGCAAUCCGAAAAAGUGGAACUGGGUUCAUGGCGGAGAGCAAUCAGUUACAUAACAGACAUAUUAGAGGACUUAAACCACAAUGUAGCUGGCUGGAUCGACUGGAACUUAUGUCUGAACAUGGAAGGUGGUCCAAACUGGGCUAAGAACUAUGCAGACUCAGCUGUUAUUGUGAACGCCGAGAAAAAUGAAUUUUACAAGCAGCCUAUUUUUUACGCUAUGGGACACUUUUCCAAAUUUAUAAAACGAGGUUCACGAAGAAUUGAGAUUAGAGAGAAGAAAUUAUGUUUUACUGGUUCCGUUAAAAAUGUUGCCUUUCUAACGCCAGAUGGCACCGUAGUCGUUGUUUUCUUGAACGAGGGCAGUGAAAGGUCUGUGAGUGUGAAGUGUGGCAAGAAAGAAACUAUUUUACAGUUAGAAGCAAACUCAAUAACUACAAUGGAAUUUGUUUGUGAUGCAUAUUAA